UUGCGGAGCUCUUUUAGGCAUUAGCUCGGGAUUUCUCCCUCUAGCCUGCUAGCUAGCUUGUUUAGAGGGAAGUCGUGCAGCUAGUUAGCUGUUCUUCGUUCGUUUUUUGAAUAAACAACUACAUUAUUUCAGCAUCAUAAAGUCUUUACUGAAGAAAACAUCUGAACAAGACACAGACGAACAGGCUAGCUAGCGGAUCAUCUUUAAAUCGGCGGUAAGGGAAACGACCUCCGUCACACACUGCCCUCGCCAUAUUCCUUCUGGGACGCCCUCCAGAACUCUGAGCAGUGGUCGAAGACAAGCCUUCUCGCUUAUUCCAGUCUCAUGGGCCGAGAGCCUCAACGGAAAGGGAGACUUUCCAAACCGCACAAACCUAAAACGAACCCAACACAUUCUAAGGCUGUUUCCUGGGGUUCACUCACCGCCGUUUGAGAGAGAAAGUACGGAGACAUAGCUCCUCAAGGCCACGGUCCUCACCAUGUCGAUCACGAACACUCCCACGAGCAACGAUGCUUGCCUGAGCAUCGUGCACAGCCUGAUGUGCCACCGGCAGGGCGGGGAGAGCGAGUCCUUCUCCAAGCGCGCCAUCGAGAGCCUGGUGAAGAAGCUGAAGGAGAAGAAGGACGAGCUGGACUCGCUCAUCACCGCCAUCACCACCAACGGAGCGCACCCCAGCAAGUGCGUCACCAUCCAGCGCACCCUGGAUGGGCGCUUGCAGGUGGCCGGCCGGAAGGGCUUCCCACACGUGAUAUAUGCACGCUUAUGGAGGUGGCCUGACCUACACAAGAACGAACUGAAACAUGUGAAGUACUGCCAGUUUGCCUUUGACCUGAAAUGCGACAAUGUCUGCGUGAAUCCUUAUCACUACGAGAGGGUGGUGUCUCCAGGAAUUGACCUUUCAGGACUGACUCUAACCAGCUCCGUUCCCUAUGGUCUGACAGUGAAAGACGAGUAUGACUUUGAGGGCCCAUCCUCGCUGCCCAGCGUUGAGAGCCACAGUCAGACCAUCCAGCACCCCCCUUCCAGACCGGCGGCCUCGGAGGCCUUCAGCAGCCCCGCUCUCCUCCCUCCGUCUGAGGCCAGCAGCUCUGCUUCCUCUGCCUUCUCCAGCAUCGCCGUGGGCCCCGCAACCCAGUCCAGUGGCCUUCUAUCAGGGGCAGCCAGUGGGGAGGCACUGCUGCAGACAGCCUCAGGAACAGGACAGGGCUCGCAGCAAAAUGGCUUCCCCUCUGCUCAGCCUGCCACCUACCACCACAGCGCAAACUCAACAUGGACGAGAAGCGGCAGUUUCACACCCAACAUCCCUCACCAUCAAAAUGGGCAUUUACAGCACCAUCCCCCAAUGCCUCAUCCAGGACACUACUGGCCAGUACACAAUGAGAUCGCAUUCCAACCCCCAAUCUCCAACCAUCCUGCACCUGAUUACUGGUGCUCCAUUGCCUACUUUGAGAUGGACGUCCAGGUGGGUGAGACCUUCAAAGUGCCCUCCACCUGCCCCAUCGUGACAGUGGACGGAUAUGUGGAUCCCUCGGGCGGGGACCGCUUCUGCCUGGGGCAGCUGAGCAACGUACACCGGACUGAGGCCAUCGAGAGAGCCAGGUUGCACAUCGGCAAAGGCGUCCAGCUGGAGUGUAAGGGGGAAGGGGACGUGUGGGUGCGUUGCCUGAGCGACCACGCUGUUUUUGUGCAGAGCUACUACCUGGACCGGGAGGCGGGCCGAGCCCCUGGGGACGCAGUGCACAAGAUCUACCCCAGCGCCUACAUCAAGGUGUUUGACCUGCACCAGUGCCACAGGCAGAUGCAGCAGCAGGCCGCCACAGCGCAGGCCGCAGCCGCUGCCCAAGCAGCCGCCGUCGCUGGGAACAUCCCUGGCCCGGGCUCCGUGGGGGGCAUCGCUCCUGCAAUCAGCCUGUCGGCUGCCGCGGGCAUCGGCGUGGACGACCUGCGCAGGCUCUGUAUCCUGCGCAUGAGCUUCGUGAAGGGCUGGGGUCCUGACUACCCCCGGCAGAGCAUCAAGGAGACGCCCUGCUGGAUCGAGAUCCACCUGCACCGCGCCCUGCAGCUGCUGGACGAGGUGCUGCACACCAUGCCCAUCGCAGACCCCCAGCCCUUAGACUGAGCCCACUGCGCCUCCACCUCUGUGGAGUGCAUCCACUGUUCCAUAUCAGCAACAGGGACAAAGACUGACGCAUCACUGUUUUCCUCGUUGAUUUUUUUUCAAAUCUUUUUAAUUUCUCUAUUCGGUAUUAUUUUUGCUUAUUUGCCCCUCCCCUGUUGUUGUGUGGUCAUGUCUCUGGUCAGCAAUGAAAUAGAUUUUUUUUGGGGGGGGGGGGGCACGUUUUACUCAUUGUAUUAGUUACUGGGAAUUGGAGCGGUCUACUUUUCCAGCUGAAGAAAAAACGUGUGACAUCCUGGUGUAGCCCAGCAGUCUACCGUCUGGUCAGCACACCACAAUGGAGAGAGCAGCCGUGAAUUUGCCCCAUGGGAAAGAGGGGUAACUAGCACGAUCUAGUGGCAUUUGACAUUUUAUUAUUAUUUUUUUUUAAACCCAACAGUGUUUUGUGUGGGGAUCUUUUGGUUCUAACAUGAUACCAGGGAAAAGGACUUUGAUGGAAUAAUACAGAAAUGCCAUUACUGCAUGCAGUCUCGUUCACUGUGACCUUCUAAAGAAUGUUCUAGAAUAUGGCCAUAUGUGUGGCUAGUGUACUGCCCAGUUAAUCUCUGGAGCACUUUUGUGUAAUUAAUCAUGUAAUUAAUCUUUCAAUUUUUUUGCUAAGUGGCCUUUAUUUGAGCCUGCAAUACAAUGCAAACAUAUUCAUGUCAUACUGUAUAUGGCAGUAUGUUAAAGUUAUGACUACUUUUUUCCCCCAUUUUGUGUUAGGUCUAGGAGAAUGUCAGUUUUGUGAACUACAUGUACAGUAGAUAUUUGGCUGAUCCCCUUCUUGGAUGGGUAAGAAAGGGAAUCUGUCACUCAAGCAAAUCUAAUAGUGCUGGGGUGAUUGCUGGCCCAAAGGAUUUUCCACAGGAAUCCAGUUAUGGAUUUCAGACUGGCCAUUGUCUAAAAGCAUUUCCAUGACAUGCUGUGUCUGGUUAACAUGGUGUCAGGAGACCCAGACGUGUUUCAGUUACCUUUCAUAACCCUAUGAAAAUGGGCUUUUGUAAUAGAAUCAAUUAAAAAAUAAAUGUUGUGUUUGUCCAACCCCUGUACUUCCAACAUAAUGGAUUAUCCCCCGUCUGGAUGCCAAUGCCUUUUCAUUAUCGUUGAGUAACCUCCAAAAUGGACUGUGAUGACCGUGAAAUGACCUGAAAUAUUAUGAAAUGCUUUUGAUAAUCCUGUACAAUAUUAGUUCAUCUAAGAUAUCAGGCAAACGUCAUGAAAUGCUGUGCAUACUAUUAGAAAAGUGUGUAAAAAGGUACAGAAGCACAAACCUCUGGGCGAUCCCCCCAGAAAAGGAAGUAUUUCCUCGCUAACGUUUCUGAGGAGCACUCCUGGUCGCAUUUUACUGCUGGGCUGGUGUCGUGCUGGUUUGCCGUUCCCAUGGUUCUUGGGUUUGGGCAGCCGUGUCCCGUAUGUGCCGUGAUCUGUGCGUACACUUCUGCAGCACUGUUCCGGUCUGCAUUUGGGAUUGGCAGUUGUGCCUCUGAGCCUUUGGACCAACUACCAUACUUGUGGAGAGGAUAUGUGGUGAAGAUCAAACAAACAAACAAACAAAAGGUUCAGUGGAAUUCUCUAUAGCAUUGUACUUGUAGGUCACGUGAGAGGGCAUUUAAGAGAUUGAAGAAGCACAUUACAUUACAUUACAUUACGUUAUUGGUAUUUGGCAAACGCUCUUAUCCAGAGCGAUGUACAGUUGGUUAGACUAAGAAGGAGACAAUCCUCCCCUGGAGCAAUGCAUGGUUAAGGGCCUUGCUCAAGGGCCCAAUGGCUGUGCGGAUCUUAUUGUGGCUACACCGGGGAUCAAACGACCCACCUUGCGUGUACCUUAAUAACUACACUACAGCACAGAUGGAGGGAAUUCGUUUUUAAAUGGCAUGAAUCUGGCUAUAUGUUGAUCAGAUCCCAUGAAAUGGCCAUGAUGACUAUGUAUUUUUUUUGCAAGCAGUCCUGUGUCUGUAGAACAGUAUUACUGAAGCAACUCAAAGUUAACCAAAAACAGUUAUUUCCUGAAGUUUUAACCCAGAAUAUACAGCGCUGUGAAAAAGUAUUUCCCCCAUCCCGAUUUCCUUUAUUAUUGCAUAUUUGUCAAACUAUUUUUAUUUUCUCGUUUCCCUUUGUUUAAUAUUACAUUUUUAUCAAAAGAUGUGAAACCAUUCAGUGUGACAAAUACGCAGUAAUAGAAGAAACUGGGAAGGAUGCAUAUUAUUUUUCACGGCACUGUAAUGUAUAUUAAAGUUUUUUUUUUUCUUCUUUUGUUGGUUUUUUUCAGUUAUGUAUGAACUGGGCAAAUAUAAAAUAAUUUUAGACUCACUGUAUAAUGGACUUCAUGCUGAAACACUCUGCAUUCUGUACAGUUAAAAUGUGUAUUUUUGGAAAUUGAAAUGUUGUGCUUUCUAAACAAGUAUUUGAAGGUUAAUAUAGUGGUUGAUGACACUGUUUGCAUCAUACAUAAAUACAUCGAAAGUGAGAAAUUCCUGAAGGGGUAAUGAUUUGCAGCAAUACAAAAUAUAAUUUAUAAUAAUCAUUUAAAAUGUAUAUGGUCAACUGCAGUAGUGGAAAUAUAAAUGUGAGAUUUGGUCUUUGUGGUUGUUUUACAUGUUGAAAUGUACAUGCUAAUCCUGAAGGGACAAGUCCUCCUGAAUAGGGUCCAAUCCCAUCCCAACAUCAUACAGUAUGCUCCCAUGUAUACUAAAGACGUUGCAUUUUGUAACGCAGAGUGGUCUAUUUUAAAACUAAGAAGCCUAUAUUUUUAAAGUUUUUGCUUCUCACUUAUAUUCAGUUCAAGUAAUUGUAUGGAUAGUGUGCUUUCUGUUGAUAGUUUUCUCUUUUUUUGUUUCUUUUUUUGUAAAUACAAUCGCUAGGGUUCAUUAUUAUUAUUUUUUUCUUUUCCUUCCUUCUAAUCUCUUAUUUUAUUUUUAUUGCAUGCCUGUGUUUGUUAGAUCCUAGAGGAAAGGUUUGGGGUCAUUUCUGCAUAACCUCACCCUAGACAUUUUGCCUAGACCAGUCCUAAAAAAAAGAGUUCAGAUCAGUGUUCCAGAGAGUCUGGAUUCACAGUUUUAAGAUAGAUUUUAAACAUACAGCACUGUGUAAGUCUUGGGCUCCUAGAUGAUUUAAUAUAAAUUUGGUCUUAGAUGUUUUUUUUAGCCGUUCAGUUUUCAGCAUUAAUGUGUCCUUAAGAAACAAGCAAAUUUGAGAUUUUCAAAUCUCUGAAUCUGACUAUAAUUCUAAUGUGAUGUGGUGAAAAAAACUUUUUUAAAUGUCAUGUUUUUCAGUCAUGAACUCUUCUCUACCCAACAAAAAUGUUACUAAAUAUGGAAAUAUGCAUCAUAUUAAUUUAUAAUUUUGGCCAGUGUUUGGAUUUCUGUUUGUAAUAGUAUUAUAUAAAAGUCCCUUCCACCUGAAAUAUCUUUCAUAUUUAGAAAAUGGGGGGGGGUUAACAAAACAUUUAAAUAAAAUAAAAAAAUUAAUGAAAUGCAA